AUGGUGACGCUCGUGUUCGAUUGCGGCUGCUGCUAUGAGGGAGAUGCCGAGCCUCCCAAGGAGGUGGUGUCCGCGGAUGCCCAGUACGUCUUUGAGCCGUCGCUGUCUAUCGCAGUGUCGAGCCCGGUCCAGCCUGACAUGUCGCUGUCCCCUUCUUCGCGCACGCAGACGCGGCUGGACAGCUUGAAGAAUCUCCAGCUGGAGAAGGGCAUGGUCCGGGCCGUCACCCUCCGGAAGUCCCUGCAGCAACUGGGCCGCUUGUGGCGCAAGCCGCUGCUGCCGAUGUCUCAGGAGCAGCUGAUGAGCCUCCACAGCUGGUCGAAGCCGGCAACAGAGUACGACUACUUCCUGUCGCACACCUGGGAGACCCCGGGACAUGUGAAGUACCUCUCCCUCCUAACCUACUCCAGCCAUCGCUUUCUCAUGAUCUGCUGGGUGCUGGCCGUCGCGCUGUCCUGGUGCCUCUGCCUCCUGGAGCUUCUCCCCUUCUUCGGCCACGUGAACCCGGAAGCUCUGCGCUGGCGCGCGCCCAAACCGGGCUGCCCGACGGGCCCCUGGAUCAUCUGUGCUGGUUUCCUCUCGGUGAUCGUGGGUCUUCUGCUGGCGCCCCACCUGCCAGACUCCUGCAGCAGGUCCGACCUUUGCUUCAUGGACGCUGCUUGUAUCCACCAGGGCGACCCAGUAAAGAAGCAGCAGGGCAUCGACGCGAUCGCCGGUUUCUUGAGCAUCUCCCAGCAGCUUCGCAUCCUCUGGUCCCCUUCCUACCUCUCCAGGCUUUGGUGCGUCUUCGAGAUCGCCGCCUACCGCAAGGUGAACCCUCGCGGGCAGUUGGUUCUUGCCCCGCUGUUUGUGGAGCGCAUGGUGCUGAUCACCCUCCUCGGGUUCUACGGCAUUGGAGGAUGCAUCUGGACCAUAGGCGUCAUGAACUACAGCAGCCUGGCCUUUGCGUUGGCUCUGUCCCCUUGCAUGCUGCUGAUACACGCGCUCCGCCGGAGUGCCACGGGCAAGACCAAGCUCCUCAAUGAGCUGGAGCACUUCAACCUGAGCGACACGCGCUGCAGCUUGGACGCCGACCGGGAGUUCGUGCUGGCAGCCAUCGACCGCUGGUAUGGCAGCCGCGAGGCCUUCACGGAGUACAUCCGAGGCCCAUUGCGACAGGAUCUCCUACAGUCGGCCACCAAGAUCUCCAACUCGUACGUGCUGCUCAUGUGUACCCCGGCAAUCUCCGGGAUGCUGGAGGACCAGCUAUCAUUAUGGAAAGCCGGUGCCCCUUUCACGGGGGCGCUGGCGCACUUCACUGGCACCGUGGUUGGCACCUAUAUGCUCUGGAUUGCCUUCUGCGUGCGCGUGCUCAUCUCCUUGUGCGUCUUCUUCGCCGCGACGCGGCGCUGGCUGGUGCUGGACUACUUGCUGACCCUCUGCAUCCAUGUGACCGUUUGCGGUCUCGCCUUCGCGGGCGAUUCGGUAGGUGGCCUUGCAAGCUGA